UAGGUAUAAAAUAAGUUAUUCACUAGCUAGUUCCUCAUGCGUCCUUGUCCUAGACCUUAAGGAUUCAUUCUAUGAAAACUAUCCUUCUUCUCCCUGUUGCUCCUACUCUUCCUCGUUCUCGUCAUCGCUACAACACUCUAAUCCUUGGCCUGACUCUCCCUGUGUGUCCUCGAAAUGGUGUCGAUGCUAUUGCUCACGGCCUGCAUGGCCGUUGCCAUGCUGACGGUGAUCUUGCUCAAUGUUGUUUAUCAAUUAUUCUUCCGGCUUUGGAAUCGGACAGAACCGCCAAUGGUCUUUCAUUGGGUCCCAUUUCUGGGCAAUACCAUCAGUUACGGGAUUGAUCCCUACAAAUUCUUUUUUGCCUGCAGAGAAAAGUAUGGCGAUAUCUUUACUUUUAUACUAUUGGGCCAAAAAACCACCGUCUACCUGGGCGUUCAGGGAAACGAGUUUAUUCUCAACGGCAAGCUCAAGGAUGUCAAUGCGGAGGAGGUCUAUAGUCCAUUGACAACUCCCGUUUUCGGAUCUGAUGUGGUGUAUGAUUGUCCCAACUCCAAACUGAUGGAGCAGAAGAAGUUCAUCAAGUAUGGCUUGACUCAGUCGGCGUUAGAGGCUCAUGUGCCACUUAUCGAGAAGGAGGUUUUGGACUAUCUGCGCAAGUCGCCGAACUUUCAAGGCCCGUCCGGCCAGGUGGAUAUCUCUGCUGCAAUGGCUGAGAUUACCAUUUUUACUGCUGCUCGAGCCCUCCAAGGCGAGGAGGUUCGUUCCAAACUCACGGCUGAGUUCGCUGACCUCUAUCAUGAUCUGGACAAGGGCUUUACUCCCAUCAAUUUCAUGCUACCAUGGGCCCCAUUGCCGCAUAACAAGAAGCGAGAUGCUGCUCAUGCGCGCAUGAGGUCAAUCUAUGUUGACAUCAUCAAUCAGCGUCGUCUUGACGGCGACAAGGACUCUCAGAAGUCAGACAUGAUUUGGAACCUGAUGAACAGCACAUACAAAAACGGACAGCAGGUGCCUGAUAAAGAGAUUGCCCACAUGAUGAUAACCCUGUUGAUGGCUGGUCAGCAUUCGUCUUCGUCCAUCAGCGCCUGGAUUAUGCUGCGACUGGCCUCACAACCACGGGUCCUCGAAGAGCUGUAUCAGGAGCAGCUGGCCAAUCUUGGCCCCAUUGGGCCAGACGGCAGUCUUCCUCCGCUCCAGUACAGGGAUCUUGACAAACUUCCCUUCCAUCAACAUGUUGUUCGUGAAACCUUACGACUUCAUUCAUCUAUUCACUCGCUCAUGCGCAAGGUGAAAAGCCCCUUGCCCGUUCCCGGAAGCCCUUACGUGAUUCCUCCCGGUCGCGUGCUCCUUGCUUCACCUGGAGUGACAGCCCUCAGCGACGAACACUUUCCCAAUGCCGGAUGCUGGGAUCCCCAUCGCUGGGAGAACCAGGCUGCCAAGGAGCAGGAGAACGACGAGGUUGUUGACUACGGUUACGGCGCCGUCUCCAAGGGCACCUCGAGUCCCUAUCUUCCGUUUGGUGCCGGUCGACACCGCUGUAUCGGCGAGAAAUUCGCAUAUCUCAACAUUGGUGUGAUUCUGGCGACUAUUGUGCGCCACGUACGACUUUUCAACGUGGAUGGAAAGAAAGGAGUGCCUGAAACCGACUAUUCGUCUCUCUUCUCAGGGCCCAUGAAGCCAAGCAUCAUCGGCUGGGAGAAGCGUUCUAAAGACACAUCCACGUGAGAGUGUUGUAUUCAUGGAGGACAAUCAAAGGAUUCGGUGCGAUCAGAAUGGGCUUAGUAUGCCUUAUUCGGCCCUUCGCGGGACUAAUAGAUGACAGCGAUUAAAAUCUUUAUUGAACCCCUACCGGCCCUGUACACUUGCCUAUGCUCUAGUAAGAGUAUCUGUAUUUAUAGAAAUAAUUGAAUGUAUCCCAGCGAGCCGUUCCCUAGAGCCACAUG